GAUCUGGUUCCCCAAAUACUCGCCGCCGCCCCCUUUGCUGAGAGGUAACCCUAGUUCCCAAAUCCUUGUUGGAUUCGCAGCCAUGGAGGAAUCCUUCACGGCCCCCUCCGUCGACCCACCCGCCGUCGAUCCCGCCUCCGUCGACUCCCCCGCCGUCGAUCCGGCCUCCGUUGACUCCCCCGCCGUCGAUCCCGCCUCCUUCCACCCCCCCGCAGUCGAUCCCGCCUCCGUCGACCCCCCCGCCGUCCAUCCCGCCUCCUUCUACCCCCCCGCAGUCGACCCCGCCGUCGCCAACCCAUCCCGCUACCCCUCCUGGGUCCUCCUCGACAGCAGAGCCUACUUCGCCGACCGCGUCAACGCCACCACCGUGAAGGCCACGACGAGCACGGGCCACGAAUUCAAGGUCACCUUUUGUCUCGCCGACCCGCCCGCCGUCUCCUACUUCUGCGUCUACUGCCCCGAAGGUUGUUACACCACGGAGCCCCGCGUCGUCUCCUCCGCCAAUGACCUCGUCCUCCUCUGCUUCGCCUUCAGCUCCGGCCCACGGAGCACAGAAAAAGACUCCCAUCUCGAGUACUUUGUCUACAAGGCUGCCUCCGGCGGCAAGCCCACCAUCAGAUCUGUUCCGUGUCCCCCUCGAGCCUACAGGCACUCAUGGCACGCUGCCAUCGUGCCCGUCAAGGGCGACAAUUUCUUGGUCGCUGAUCUUUCCCCCAAUGGGGACCCUGGGCACUACAACCUGCACAUCUUCUCGUCGGAGACAAAUGAGUGGAGCACCAAACACGUGCAGCUGCAGACCGACCCGCAUGUCCUGCCACUGGAGCUGCCAAUCCUAACUGACAAGGUGAUCUUGCUCGGAAGAAGCACGGUAGGAUGGGUCGACCUCUGGCGCGGCAUUGUCGUCUGCAAUUUGCUUGAAAAGGAGCCUGUUCCCCGUUUCAUCCCGCUGCCCAAGGCCGAAUUCGACCUGCACCGGAAAAGCCAAGCACGGCAAGUGCGGGACGUCAUUGGCUUCACCGAUGGUUACAUCAACUUCAUUGAGAUUGAACACUGUGUCAGAUGGUUCCCCGUUGUCAGAAAGAGCAAUUUGAAGACGGCCAUGACUUUUGAUGUUGCAGAUACCAUCGAUGAUGCAGAGCUCCUCAGUCUUGAUGAUAUGGACGACGUUACAGAUGACAAACCUGUGCAGCAUGUACCCGCUGGCUGGAAGAUCCGGACAAUGUUUAGGAACAUUGAUUGGAACUAUUGGGAAAGUAGUCACAUUCUUCAUGUUGACGACAUAUCAGCCUCCCCACCUGAACCCUCUGUGCUGCAAUCUCAUCUAUGGAAUGAUACAGACAAGAAAUGGACAUUGGGAAAACUGAAGUGUACAAGCUUCCCGACCUUUGGUUUUUACGGCGGUGAUGUUGUCUACCUCGUGUCUAAGGUGGAGUCUCAGGAUAAUGAUGCAUUGCUUGUUGGUGUUGAUAUUCGAAAAAUGAAGGUGGAAUCCAUCAAAGCAUAUGGCUGCGGGAGAUCCAUUUCUUUUGGUCCCAUUCCGGUUGUUCGUUUUAAAAUUGGAAGGAAGCAGGAAGUCAUCGAACCAUCUUGUGGCGGGAGAUCCACUUCUUUUGAUGCCAUUUCAUGUGCAUUCUCAAAAUAUCUGAAUACCGCUCCAAGUCCAAGGCCGUGUAAUGGGGAAGCUGCUCAGAAUGGUGUGCUGAAUGAUCAUCUUUCAUCGAGGGAUACUGUUCCAAACAGUGUGGUAGGCAUCCUCAGCCCCAGCAAAACAUGUGGAAUGAUGGUGGCUGCAAUGGGGGUUGGAGUGAAUAUGGUUAUAGCGUGUAGCACCCAUCCAGUUUGACACAAACUGGGCAGCCCAUGUUGUCUUCAAUUUCAACUCGAUUAGGGAUAUUAUUUGCACACUGCAUCCUGUACUGAGGCUUAGUUCUUUUGGCGGUUUAUGGCAUAAGCCGCCCCCUUCCUAGCUUAUUUGGAAACCGUUCCCCAUAUUUGUUGCGAGUUAAGGAUUAAUUAGUUCAGCAGCUUCAGUGAGUAUUGGGGGCGGCUUAUAAUAUAAGCUUGUGAGGGUAGGGAAUUGCAUAGGGGAUCCUAGGUGCUGCACCCAGCUGUUCUGUGCAGAGAAGCUUCUGUUCGCGAUUAACUCACCUAGCUCUGGUCAGCCCACCCCACCCACCCUGCACUUCUCUUCCAUAUUCACUCUCCUCUUCCGUUCCCCAUCUUGAGCUCCCACCCAGAUCUUCUAGGCUUAAUACAUAGUUAACUGUUAAUCUGAUGUGAGGUUAGCGUUCAAGGUAGCACCCAAGUACUGAUCUGUGCUGUAAUCCUGCCCCCCCCCCCCCCCCCCCCCCCAAUAUAUAUGUGCUUGUUGAUUGUGAUAUUUGAUGUUCCUAUGUUUUUUCACUGGAUUGUUAUCUUAUCUGCCAGCUCACAUGUUAUGUUCUUGUUAGAAAAAGUGAAAUUUCAUUCAAAUUUGUGUGCCCAACUUCUCUGGACAGUUUAAUACUCCUGUCAUCCUGUCUGCUAACCAACGUUUACGAGUCGAAGAGUCAACGAGUCGUUCCAAGGUUGAGACUCAUAGACUAGUGCGAGACUAGUCGACAUGGUACUGUAGCACUGAACUUACAGUACAUAACUACUAAUACCUAGUAGUAGUAUGUAGUACUCCCUCCGUUCGGAUUUAGAUGUCGCAACGUUUUUUUUGCGAAAACCCCCUCCAUCUAUUUCCGACCGAACCCACGGUCCUCGACCUCACUCUCUUCUCCGGUUGGCCGCCGCGGUCCGUUCGGUGCUCUUCUCCGGCUCGCCGCCGCGCUGCCGCCGCGCUCUCCCCCCUCCCCUCCCCUCCCCACCUUCUAUCGCGUCGCCGCGCUCUCCUCCCCCACCUUCGGUGGCCUCGCCACGCUCCUCUCCUCCUUCCCGCGGCGACGGAUUGGGUUCAAGCUUCGACCUUUGAGUUCAAGUUGGCGACGGAUUCCGUCGAUGCGAGGCCUUCACCGCCGCCAAGCUCCUGGCGCCGGUGGCCGCGAGCUUCAGGGGAGACCCCAUCCUCUCUCCCUCCCAGAUCCACCACGCACACCUCGCCUCGCUCGCGCCUGCUCCGCUCCGUGCCCCCGACGCUCCGUGCCCUCGCGCCUGCGCCUGCUCCGCUCCGUGCCCCCGACACCCCUGCUCUGCUCCGCCAUGGAGGAUGCGCUCCGCCAUGGAGGAUGCUGCUCCACCCCGCCAUGGAGGAUGCUGCUCCACCCCUGCGCCGCUCCGUGCCCCCGACGCUAUGGAGGACGCCGCUCCACCCCUGCUCCAGCCUCAAGGAGUACAUCUCAAGUAAGCAAGGAGGGAGCAUCUCAAGAUUCAGUGUAACAAAGAUUAGAUUCCUGCUGCUUGGAGGCUGCUGGUGCUCUUUUAUUGCUACUUGAAGGCUCCUGGUUCUCUUUUCCUGCUGCUUGGAGGCUACUGGUACUCGAAGGGUGUUUCUGCCGCUUGAAGGAGGUGGCUGCUCUUUUCCUGCUGCUCGGAGGCUGCUCUUGCUCUUUUCCUGCUGCUUGAAGGUUCUGAGGCAUCAUCUUGUGGAGGACUCAUGUUAAGAUCAAUCCCAAACAUCAUUGCGGCGGUGGAGCACUUGCUCAGCAGCAACAACAGAGGCGGGGGCGGGGAAUACCAGCAGCAACAGAGGCGAGGGCGGGCGCGACCGGAGGAGGGCCAGCACGGAGAGGAAGACCCUGGGCUUGGAGGAGAGGUUGAGCAGGGCCAACGCGGCGAUGAAGACCCUGGGCCAGAGCAGCGACGAAGACCCAGCGCCGCGACGGCGUCCAAAAUUGUCCGCGGCGACGGCGGCCAAGGCGGACCAAAUCGAGGACCUAGUCGUCGAUUUACUGCUUCUUGGCACGAUUCAGAGGGAGGUGACGAAGAGGAAGAACUUUAGGAGCAAUCCCGCUGCUCAGGUAGGCGAGGGCACACCCAUGGCGGCUGCGCAGCUGGGCGGCGGCGCAAGGCGCCUCCGUGAAGGUCCUGCGCGUCUCCUCCGCGACGACGCAGGUCGUCUCCUGCACAGGCGGCUGGGUCCUGCGACGCGCGGAGACUCUCUCUGGGUGCUCAGGAGAACGGGGAAGGAAGACGGGGGAUGGUGGCCGGAGCCGGCGACGCGCGAGCGAUGGUGGAGAAGUGAGGAAGGAGACGGGGGCGUUUUUCAAAUGAUUCAAAAGUAUAAGGACAUGUUUGCAAAAUGCAUAAUGUACAGCAGCCGCGACAUCUAAAUCCGAACGGAGGGAGUAUUACACUAUAUAAGUAUACAAGUACAGUAUACAAUACAAAUGAA